AUGGCUUCAACAAUCACCCCAACUUCAGCCGAAACAUGGUGUAAAUUCCUACGUAGAAGUCUUUCUAUGCGUGUAGAUAUUGAACAGUUUGAAACAUACGCUCGUUCCAUACUUCGAAAGGCACCGAUACCACGCGACGAUCUUGCGGCUGUUUUGAUCUCGCCGACGGCUUAUCCCACCCCGCAGUUAUCGGUCGAUCCUCGGUAUUUGCUGUAUAUACAGCGACUGGUGUCAGCGAAUAUCGUCCCUCUGUCGAGUUUUUUACACGCGCUAUGGUCGUCGGAUCGGGUUCAGCAGAAUCAUGUGCUUCAUGGCGGUGAAGGGGAUAUGGCGGCUGCGUUGUCGAGGGAGGCGGUCGAUACGGCGAUUUUGACGAGUUUGGUGCUUGUUGUGCAGAGUUUACAGGGUGGUGGUGGUGGUGGUGGGGGGAAUGCGGCACCGAGGGAGACACCGGCGGCUUUGAUUGAUUCGCUGAGUAAAUGGAUGGAUGCGGUUAUUGCGGCCAAUGAUGGGGAUGGAUUGAAUGCGCUUGAUGGGCACGGUCUUGAUGGGUUGGGACUUAGUAGCGGGAUAAUGGGACCUCAGAAGAAGGCGAUUAUAGGAGAACUUGUGAUUGCUGUUGGUGAGAACCAGACGUUGAACGGGUUCUUGAAGACUUCGCAUGAGAUUAGUAAAGACAAGAGGGCGAAUUUUGAGAAUACGCUGCCGAUGUUCGUGCAAGGGUUUCAGGCUUUGAAUCCAGAGUUGGCGAUGAGGCUUGAUGCUUUGAUUCCGAAGAAGGCGGAUGGGCCUGGGAGUGCUGGUGCAGGGAAUGCGCUUUUGGGGAUGGGGAUUGGACUGGACGCCAUUGGGGAGGCGGGGCAGCCGUCAAGGGGUGGGCUAUACGUCUUUAUAAAUUCACUGUUGUUCGCUCGUCCUCUCGUCGACGAUGAAUACCUAAUUCAUCACCUCCUCAAUCGAUACAAGGAGAUAGGCGGCCAAGUCGCCCUCGAUCUCAUCAUCGCCGCGCUAGAUUGCAUUGCGAACGCCAUCAGUCGCUCAGAAUCCGAAUCCACGAUCGCCCUAUUCCGUCACUUCCUCGUUAACAAAAUACCACUUCUACUCCAACGCUUCAACAUGCCAGUUAUCCAGGCGCAAUACGUUGUAACACAGGCGCUUGCGAAGUCAGGCAGUAACCCACUUUCGCUGGACCCUUCGCUGGAUACUAUGCUUGACCUUUCGAAUGAUAUCAAACAAGAGUUCUUGUUUGCAUGUGCAUUACACCAGAUCAUCGAAGAGUCUUCGGUCGAGGUUAUUUUGGGUGAUGUACCACUGCAGACGAUGGCGAAGAGGCGGUAUACCCAAGGUGAACUAGUUGCAGAGUGCAUGUCAGAUGGGGACCGCGUGGAAAGACUGAUCAGUGAAAUCGAGGAACUUGACGGGAACUCCGGGGCAAUAGUCGGCGCCGUCGUAGAGAUGCUCCGCAUAAUGUGUGAACAGCGUGCGACAAUGGGUCUCUACACGCUCUGCAAAAACCUCAUAUCGCGCCCCAAAACUAUUGAUUUACUACUCCUCUACUCCUCGCCGGCUACAAUCCUAGAACCUUUGUGUAUCGUCCUCGAAAACUGGCGCUAUGAUGACGACCAAGGCGAAUACGAGCCCGUCUACAAAGAAUUUGGUUACAUUCUCCUCUUGAUUCUUACGAUCUACUACCGUCACGACCUCUGUUUCUCUAGCCUAGGGCCAAGUAUUACGUCUACAAGCUUUGUGCCUAUGUUUAUUAAGCAAUGCUGGAAGGAUAUCUCCGUUGAGGAUUUAGGGAGGAUGGGAGAUAGGCAUGCGCAACUAGGGGGUUGGAUUAAGGCGUUAUAUGAGGGUGAGGGCAUGACAGAUGAAGUAAUGCAGAGUUGUAGGCCGCAGGAGUAUUAUAGCCUCGUACCAACAUUGAUGGCGCAGACGGUCGAGGCUUAUGAGAGAGGGGUAUUAGAUAUGAGGGUUUUGAAGGAGGGGUUGGAUUAUUUCCAACUCCCAUCGCUCAUUGCGUCGGAGGUUGCCAUUAUAUUCUGGUUGACCGAUUACAUUUGGCAGACCAUGUCCUCGCAAGGAGAUAUAUCCAAUGCACUUCGAAUACUCCACACGCUUGUCACCAAUGCCCCGUCUGAGGUCACACAAACCCACAAAACUAUCCUUGCCAUAUGUUCACACUCUCUUGAACGUGUAUUAAAAGACGUCCUUCGUUCGGAAGGCACAGCUAAUAACCCUAGCAGCGCUAUACACCAACAAGCGGAGCAAAUACUUAAACAUGUUUCUUCGUCUAGAGACUGGCGCAGAACCGGAUUACCAUCAACAAGUGAACUUGAAGGAUGGACAAAACAUUCCGGUGGUAUUUUGGGGGCUUUAAAGAGCGCAGUUCAGGGUGUAGUGAUGUGGAGUUCUACGCCUGAUUUAGCACUUCAACCUGCCGGGUGGAAUCCUCGACUCCUUUAUGCGGCGUGGAGGUUGUUAGGCGCUAAGGAGGUUGUUAGGGUACUCGUUGAUGAGGUUGUAAGUGUUGGAACCGAUGUUGGCGAUGUGGCUGUGGAUUUGGUGGCAAGUUUGAUCGUUGCGCCGGUGGUUGAGGAUUGGAGGUGGAAAGUUGGUGAAGUUACAGGGAGGAAGGAACAUACGAGUGUAGGAAACGGGGGGGUUUUGACGUUAGUUGAAGCGCUAAGGUAUUUGGAAGAUGAUUGUAAGUUGUUAGGUGGAGAGGAGCAAGGAAGGAGUGAGGUGGUUAUGAAACUUGCGAGAAAAGUGGAGGGGAUGAUGGUUGCGAGUGCUGUUGGGGGCGUUGGAGGGGCUGCGGUGGUUGGUGGGGUAGUAGAUUUGGCGGAUGGGGUGCUUGGGGAUGUUAUGGUCGAUGGGGAUAUGUUAAUGAUGCCGGAUGCCGGAGUGGAUUUGGGACUGACUGCGGAUGAGAUUAUGACUGGGAUGUAG